AUGGGCAUCUACAGCAUCCGCGUGGCCACCGGGGCCUGGAUCUUCUCGGGGUCCCACAACCGCGUGCAGCUGUGGCUGGUCGGGGCGCGCGGGGAGGCGGAGCUGGAGCUGUAUCUGCGGCCGGCGCGCGGCGAGGUCAGCGGGCAGGACCCGGAGUCCCGGCCCCGACCGGGCUGGGCUCGCCGCGGGAGGGCUUCCGCCACCUGGGGGGCCGGCGGGGCGGGCGCCAGGGGUGCCACCGCACACCUGGCGGCGCCCGCGGGCACUGCCAGCCAGCCGUGCAGCCUGGGCAGAGGCUGGGCGGGGCUCAGCCCCCCUCCACCUCCCCCCGCCCGGCCCCGGCGCUCCCAGCCUCCAGCCGCCCCCCAGGACGCCCGAGUCAGUGACCGCUCGGGAUCCGAGGGCAAACGGGACGCUCCUCCCGGAGCGCCGCAGGUGCCAGCUCCGCUGAUGCAGGCGGAGUGGUGCCGCUCGCCCAUCCACUCGGGGCCGGCGGUGCCCGCGCCCGCUCCUCGGCCUCGCGAUGGGGCGUCCAGCACCCACGGCGCAGUGUCCCGAGGAGCGACGAGGGGUGCGGUGUCGGGAGACGAGGAGGAGUUCGAGCGCCACGUUUGCGAGGACCUGGGGCCGCUGCAGUUCGUGAAGCUGCGCAAAUACCACUCCCUGGUGGACGACGCGUGGUUCUGCGACCGCAUCACCGUGCAGGGGCCCGGAGACCGCGCGGAGGCCACCUUCCCGUGCUACCGCUGGGUGCAGGGCCAGGACGUGCUGAGCCUGCCCGAGGGCACCGCACGUCUGGCAGGGAACAAUGCAUUGGACAUAUUCCAGAAGCAUCGAGAAAAGGAACUGAAGGAAAGACAACAAACAUACUGCUGGGCCACCUGGAAGGAAGGGUUACCUCUGACGAUAGCUGCCAGCUCUGAGGAGGACCUACCUCCAAAUAUGAGAUUCCAUCAGGAGAAGAAGCUGGACUUUGAAUGGACACAGAAGGCAGGGGCUCUGGAGAAUGUCCUCAAGCGUGUUUAUACCCUUCUGAGCUCCUGGAACCGCCUGGAGGAUUUUGAUCAGAUCUUCUGGGGCCAGAAGAGUGCCCUAGCUGAAAAGGUCCGUCAGUGCUGGCAGGAUGAUGAGUUUUUCGGCUACCAGUUCCUCAACGGUGUCAACCCCAUGCUGUUGAGACGCUCCGCCUCUCUGCCCUCCAGGCUGGUGCUGCCCCCUGGAAUGGAGGAACUUCGGGCUCAGUUACAGAAAGAACUGCAGCAAGGCUCCCUGUUUGAGGCUGACUACAUCCUGCUCGAUGGAAUUCCAGGCAACAUCAUCCGCGGAGAGCAGCAGUACCUGGCCGCCCCCCUCAUCAUGCUGAAGCUGGAACCCGAUGGGAAGCUGCUACCCAUGGUCAUCCAGCUCCAGCCUCCCAGCCCUAGUCUCCCCACCCCAACAUUGUUCCUGCCCUCAGAUCCCCCACUUGCUUGGCUCCUGGCAAAGUGCUGGGUCCGAAAUUCAGAUUUUCAACUGCACGAGCUCCAGUAUCAUCUGCUAAACACACACCUAGUUGCUGAGGUCAUCGCCGUCGCCACCAUGAGGUGCCUCCCGGAACUGCACCCCAUCUUCAAGCUCCUGAUGCCGCACAUCCGCUACACCAUGGAAAUCAACACCCGAGCUCGGGCACAACUCAUUUCAGAUGGAGGCAUAUUUGAUAAAACGGUGAGCACAGGCGGAGGGGGGCACAUAGAGGUGCUCCGGCGGUCCUUGGCUCAGCUGACCUACCACUCCCUCUGCCCUCCGCAUGAUCUGGCUGACCGGGGCCUGCUGGAGAUCCCCAAAGCUCACUAUGUCCAUGAUGCUUUACGCCUCUGGGAGAUCAUUGCCCGGUAUGUGGAGGGGAUCGUCCAUCUCUUCUACCACGGGGACGAUGUCGUGAGCGGGGACCCUGAGCUGCAGGCCUGGUGUCGGGAGAUCACUGAGAUGGGGCUGUUCCAGGCCCAGGACCGAGGUUUUCCUGUCUCCUUACAGUCCCUGAAGCAACUCUGUCAUUUCCUUACCAUGUGUGUCUUCACGUGCACUGUCCAGCACUCAGCCAUCAACCAGGGUCAGCUGGACUGGUAUGCCUGGGUCCCCAAUGCCCCAUGCACAAUGCGGAUGCCCCCACCCACCACCAAGGAAGAUGUGACAAUGGCCACUGUGAUGGGCUCGCUACCUGAUGUCCGGCAGGCCUGUCUUCAAAUGACCAUCACGUGGCAUCUGGGUCGCCGCCAGCCAGACAUGGUGCCUCUGGGCCAUCAUAAAGAAUUGUAUUUCUCAGGCCGCAAAGCCAAUGCUGUACUAAACCAACUGAGAAAAGAUUUGGAAAUUCUGGAGAAGGAGAUCAUAGCCCGGAAUAAGCAAGCUGACAUACCCUAUGAAUACCUGAAGCCCAGCGGCAUAGAGAACAGUAUCACUAUCUGAACCCUAAGGUGCGCCGACCUGGAAGACUUCAGAACAGCUCUGGAACUGACACUUCCACCUUGAAUUUUAUGGUUUCCUAAGUCUGCUGCUAUGGCGCUAUUUCCUCCCCUGACUAACUCACUUUAGUCAGUGUUCUACUAGCCCAGGAGACAGAAAUCCUUUUCAAUAAUGAGCCAGAUAAUAAAUACCUUACUCUCUGUAGGCCAUAGUCUCAUAAUUAAACAACUUUCCUGCUAUAACACAAAAGUAGCUACAGAAAAUUUGUA